UUGGUCCUUCUUACCGUGAGGAGGAGAAUGUUUGUCCAAGCGGCGUUUGUCCGAGCGGCUAUUGUCCUCGCCAUCAGCGCUUUCUAUGUCAAAUCUGAAUAUACUGAUCCUCACUGCUCGGGAAAGCAGGUUAUUGUUCAUUUAUUUGAGUGGAAAUGGACGGACAUUGCAGAUGAAUGCGAACGGUUCUUGUCAAAGAAAGGCUACUGCGGUGUUCAGGUGUCCCCAGCCAAUGAGAAUGCCGUCAUUGACCCACGUCCUUGGUGGGAACGCUAUCAGCCGGUUAGUUACAAAAUUGCCACCCGCAGUGGUAAUGAGGCCCAGUUCAAGGAUAUGGUCACCCGCUGUAAGAACGUAGGGGUCAGAAUUUACGUCGAUGUUGUCGUGAACCACAUGGCGGGACUCGGCAGAAUCGGAACGGGCACUGGUGGUACUCAUUUUGACUCGGAUAACUUCGACUUUCCUGGCGUGCCAUACCGACGGGAACAUUUCAAUCCAAGAAGCAAGUGUCCUUCCGGCGAUGGAAAUGUCAACAACUACGGUGAUCCAAACAACGUACGAAAUUGUUUCCUGGUGGGUUUGACAGAUCUAAACCAGAACUUAGAAUACGUCCGUGACAAAAUAUCAGAUUACUUCAAUAAACUCAUAGCUAUGGGUGUGGCAGGCUUCAGAGUAGAUGCUUCUAAACACAUGUGGCCAGCGGACAUCAAAGCAAUCCAGGAGAGGACCAACGACCUACCUGAAGGCGGAAAACCAUUCUUCUACCACGAGGUCAUAGACCAGAAUGAUGGCGCGGUGAAGGUCACAGAGUACGAGCCGUACGGUUACGUCACUGAAAUGAGGUAUUGUCAAAAGAUCGCCUGGGGGAUCAAUAAUUUCGGUCAGUUGAAUAACGUGGUCGAUUAUGGAUGGGGAAUGACAGACUCCGCUCAUGCUUUCAUAUUUGUAGAUAACCAUGACAACCAGAGAGGUCAUGGUGGAGGAGGAAAUCUCAUCACACACAAACAACCACGAAAUUACAAAUUGGCUCAAGCGUUUACAUUGGCUAAUAACUACGGCUUUCCACGCGUUAUGAGCAGCUAUUAUUUCCAAAGCACGGACCAGGGACCACCUCACAAUGGCGACUUCUCUACUAAGGAUGUAACAAUCGAUGGGGAUGGUUUAUGUGGAAACGGAUGGGUGUGUGAACAUAGAUGGUCGGCUAUUGCAAAUAUGGUUGGGUUCCGCAAUGCUGUAGCGGGGACAGACGUCAAUCAUUGGAGGGAUGAGAAUGACCAGGUAUCUUUCAGCAGAGGAAAUAAGGGAUUCUUUGCUAUGACAAAACAAGGACACAUGGACGAAACGCUACAGACGGGACUUCCGGCUGGGCAGUACUGUGACCUUAUCACCGACUGUAAGACUAAAGUCACUGUCGACGGAAGUGGUAAUGCUCACAUAGUCAUCAGUGACAACGAAAAUCCUAUACUAGCAUUCAUCGUUGGUGGGCCUUCAGAACCUACAGAAACGCACGGCACAUCCGGUGGUAACUCCGGCAUCACAGCUGGGCAUGCUGUCACUUCUGGUCCUGUUAGCACUUCCGCUUCAGUUACCUUUGGUCCUGCUCCUACCGGAUGGGCAAGAACUGUUAUUUUAAUACAAGCAGAAACCAGGACAGGACAGAACGUCUUCCUUAGAGGAGGAAUUGAUCACAGCCACCGAGACGGUUGCACCAACCAGGCGUCCUCCAGUGCGUGCGCCAUUCCAAUAAAAAGCCGCGAUAUUGGUACCGGUGACCAUUAUGCUGGAUACAACGCGUGGCGACAAGGUGACCAUUUUCUGGACUGGUACGGACCUGAGCCGGGUCAAGGGUCAUUUCACGGGGCGCCAGCAAAGGGUACCCCAGCCGUAUGGACAACCAACCAACCUGGAGGUCACGGCUACACGCCCUUAAAUACGUAUGGUCAGCACUACUGGUUGGUAGACGUGGAUAUGGACUGUUCCAAAACCGAGAACGGCUGGUUUGAGAUCAAGGCCCUAAUUAAUGACAACUGGGAACAUGACAUGCGCGUAAGCGGAUGUGGCACUGAGACAGCCCCUUAUGCCUCCAACAAUCACUGGGUUAGAUGUGGCUCCAAAAACGUCUUACAUUUCAAUAGUGGCAGUUGUGAAAUAUCGCCUGUCGCAUGAUUCAUUAAAUAGGUAGCACGAAAUGUCUCGGUUGUAUUUUAAAUAAAAUUAAUCAUGUAAGCACAUACAUUGCAAAACAUGCGUUAGUCUGUGGGAGUGUUUUAGUGGUUAAAAAGCCUAUUUCCCCUCAUACGGGAGAGUAUCGGAAGGGUGAGCCUUAUUUUAUUCCUGCUGUUUAACAUGUGAUUGGUAAAUAUUUAUAGUGUUGCUCUG